UCGAAGUAGGGGAGCUGCGAUCACACACUGGAUUUUUUUUGCUUUAAAAAAAAAAGAAAGAAAAAAAACAAGUAGAUUUGUUAAUUAAAUAGUAAUAAAUAAAAUGGUAGUAACUAAUAAAACUUAUAUACCUUCAGAAGAAGAAUUGACAGUACCAGAAAUUAAUUUGUCAUGGCCAGUUCUUCAUGCGGCUUCUUUUUAUAUGGGAAAAUAUUGCGAGGAUCAUAAUAAUGAAUUUAUGCUGUGCCGCAAAGAAUUGGAUGCUGUUCAAUGUGUCAAUGAAGGAAAAGCUGUAACAGCAUGUGCUCUUGAUUUUUUGAGGAAACUCAAACAAAAUUGCUAUCAAGAAUUUGAUCAGUACUACAAUUGUGUCUACCGAUCAAGUGCCAAUGUUUCUUUUAUGCCAUGUCGUAAUACACAAGAGGUUUUGGAUAAAUGCGUUUUCAAGCAUAUGAAUAUUGAACGACCACCGUAUGGUUACUUUUGUGAAGUUAAAGUUCAUGAUACCAAAAGACCUAAACCCGUUGAACAGUUGCCUGAAUAUGAACCGAUCGCGGCGAAAUUACCAGAAGGAGUUCCGAAACCACCAGCUAGAUUUGGUAGCAGAUGGUGGUGGGGACAAUAAAUAAUCGUUUUUAAUUAUUUAGAAAAAAUAAAAAAAUUAUUGCAAGUAAUCAAUUAUUGUUAGUCUUAAGUCUGUACAUCUUGAUAUCAAUUAUUUAUCAACAUUCAAGGUUUGUAUAUUAUAUUUUAUUUUUAUUUGAAAUUAACAUCAUCUAUUAUCGUUACUAUUAUUGUAAUCGUAUAUAUUUGUGUAUUGAGAAUUCAAGUUGUACAGGCGAAUAAAAUAAUUUAAA